AUGGCACCUCCUGCCUCAGGUCCUGCCGGCCCUGGCGUCCCUGGCGAUGUUCCACCACUUCCGGCUCUUUUGCGAGGACGAGAAACGAGGAGACACGAACGGCCAGUAGACCCGCGAAUGAUCACCGCCGAGAUUUCCAAGUUGGGCACGGAAGGUGCUUGGCAGGAUGCGCUUCAAGUGGUCGAGUCCUUCCGUGCCAGUCAGGGGCAGGUCAACAUUUUCCACUACAAUGCGGCCUUGGCUGCCUGUGGGCGAGCAGAUCAGCUUUCUGUCGCACUGGCAUACUCGCAGGAGAUGCGAGCGGGUAGAGUGGCUUUGGACGCCUACAGCUACGGCAGUUUGAUGCGCGCAGCCGCGGGCGAGGGCGACGGGGCAACAGCGCUGGCCCUUCUUGAAGAGAUGCAGACAGAAGGCAUUGCUGCCAAUGCAGUGGUCUGCAGUGCUGCCGUUACAGCUCUUGUUCGCAGCGGUGACUGGCAUCGAGCACUGGAGCUGUUUCAGGUAACGCGCGAACGUGGUGAAGUUGUUGAUGCAGCGCUGCUGACAGCCGCGCUGGCUGCCUGUGGAGCUGGUGGGCUAUGGGAGGAGGCACUGCAGCUUCUAAAAGAUGUACCCGAGAAGCAAUGUGCGGAUGUUCAAACCUGGAAUGCUGCGAUCGCAGCGUGCGCAAGCGCCGGCAGAUGGCAAGAGGCAUUGUGGCUUCUUGAGGAGGAGAUGACUGCGGAGCCUGAUCUCUACAGCUACAACUCUGCAAUCACGGCAUGUGAAGAUCGACACUGGGAGAGGGCGCUGCACCUGGUAAUGUGCCGCAUGGGCGAGCGCCAGCUGCAGCCAGAUUCCGUGAGCUUCACCGCGGCCAUUGGCACAGCUCGGGAGGAGCAUGACAUCGCGCUUAGCCUGUUGCACGAGAUGUUCAUCCGGGGGGUGCCUCGUACCGCUCGGACCUACGCGGCGCUCAUUGCCACGGCGGGACAGCACUGGGCGCAGGCGUUGGCACUGUUGAAGUACUCCAAGCAGGAGGGCAUUGAAGCCACAACGCAGCUCUGUGGCUCCACCUUGCGAGCGUGCGCGGCGGGGCGCCAGUGGGCUUUGGCUGUAGGCCUCCUGGAAGAGAUGCAAGGACAAAAAGUGGCAGUCAACAACGAAGCCUGCCAUGCUGCCAUCAGUUCUUGCAUCGUUGCGUGGAACAACGAGGACCCGGGACACUGGCGUGAGGCCCUGGCUAUGACCGGCGCGCUGCGCCGUGCGGCACUGCAGCCAGAUACCGCCACAUAUGUGGCUCUGAUAUCGGCUUGCUCCUGCUGCAGCAGGUGGCAAGAAGCGUUGGCCAUCCACACCGAAGCGCAUUUAGAAGCCACGUCGGAGGUGCAGACCAUGUGUACCAAUGCUCUGAUCACUGCUUUCGGGCGUGGUACAGAAUGGAGGCGUGCGUUGGAGGCUUUCGAAGCUGCAACUCUGCGCCAGAGGUGGCCGACCGUUGUCACGUGCAACGCUCUCAUCUCUGCCUUUGCAGAGGGCUCCCAAUGGUCCAUGGCGUUGCAGGUGCUUCGCAGCUUGCCCGAGCGAUCUCUAACGCCCACCGUCGUCACCAUGAAUGCGGCCCUUCAUGCCCUCGCGGGAGGCAGUCAUUACGCAGCUGCACAAUCGCUGCUAGGACGAAUGCCGGCAUUUCAACUCCAGCCAGACUGUUGGAGCUUCACCGCCGUGAUGACUGCCUGUACCAAAGCGACAUGUUGGGAGGCAACUUGUGAGCUGCUGACGGAGAUGGAGAGGAAACAGAUUAACCCAGAUAUCUACAGCAUCAACAACAUGAUGUCAGCGUUGGCUGCCUCGCCGAGAUGGGAGGAGGCAUUGGUCCUACUCAAAAACAUGCCGCGACUAGAGCUGGCUCCAGAUGUGCUGAGCUACGGUGCCGUUUUGGCGGCACGCAUGCAGGCUGUAGUCGGUGAGGCGAACCUGGCAGUGCUGCGAGGUGCCGUAGCUCCGGAGAAACUUUGUGGGCAAGCGGUUAAGGCUGCAGACAAGGACUCCACGCACGCGCUACGACUGCUACGAACGAGGAACCAGCGGCCAGAUCCGAGGCCCCUGGGCUCGCGCCGGGAAAGCGUGACGAGAUCUGCCUACCAGACACACCAGCGGAUGCUUACCGCGAGUCCGAGGCGAGCAUCUCGCGACCUUCGCGACCUGUGGAGGCUGCCGCUGGCCGUGCAGAAGCUGCAGGACCAGGAGCAGCUGUGCGGAACCGCGAUGGCCUCUCUGCAUCUCUCUGCGCUACGCUAUGGCCGCGACGAACGUUGGCUGCAGGCCGCAAGGCUCAAUGGCGAGAAAGGUGCUCUUGAAAGCUGGAAUGCUUCAUCCAAUCGCUGGAAUGUUCGACUUCGAAGUGGGGAAGUGAAGGCCAUUCGCCCUGAGAAUCUGGAGGAGGUAGCUGGCGGCUAUGGUUCACAGAAGGCGCCAACAAGCACGGCUGAGUCUCUUCAGGACGACCCGCCUUUGUUGGAGAUAUGGAGCCGACACCGCGACAACUCGGAGCGAGCCAAGGCAGCCAAGAAGCUUCUCGGGGGCAUCGACGCGCCAUUACAGAAGCUGGACCUCACGGUCCCUCCCGAGCUGCUGGAGCAGGCGAAGCGGAGCCGUGCAGGCGGACUAGCCGGGGGGACUGAGGCCCAGGUCGCGCAAUCUCAGGUUCAAGAUGAGCGGAUAGCCUUGGACGACUUGGUGGGGAGAGUCAAAGACCAAAAGCACGCCACAACUAGUCAGAUCUUGCACUCCAGGUGGAUUCGAGGGAAUCGCGGCGUGUCAGUGUCUGUCUGCUUUGCCUCUGUUUUCGCUUUCCUUCAUUCGGCUGCCUCAGUCCGUUGCGGAGCCGUGGUGGUCGUGCCGAGAACGACCGUGCUGAUCGGCGGCGAGCCGAUGCCUCAAGCCGCAGGGUCGAGCUCUCGAUCCUUGGGCCGCAAACAAACUGCUAUCAGGGAAGCACUUCCUCGACGUCGGCGGAAUGAUGAGGAGCGAAUCCCGGAGCCAGCGCCGGAGAAGGAGGCCCGCCCUCGGCGGAGCAAAUGGGACGAUCGAGGAGAUGGCAACUCCCCGUCAACCCAGACUCAGACGGGUUUACCGGACUGGCUGAAGGACUUGGAGGGCCCUCUGUCCGGGAAGCCAGUUCCGCAGAUUGUGGUUCCAGGCCCAACGACGAGCAGGGCACAGCUUCCAAACUUGCUUGGGCAGAGGCACAAAACAAUGAUGCUGAAGGCAGUGCAGAUCAGAGUCCUUCUUGGCAGAGGAGGUGAAACAAUCAAAAGCAUUUGCGAAAAGGCGAAUGCAGAGAUCAAAGUAGAUCACGACCGCAUUGCCGAUGAAGGCGAAGUCACCAUCGUCGGGGAGAUCGAAAAAGCCGAAGUCCUCAUCCGAGAAACUUUGGCGGCCAAAGGUUGCCCGCUCCCUGAAGAUGAGGCCAAUCAGCCCGACGAAACAGACCUCGUGGUCCCGCCAGAUGUGGUAGGGCUCUUCAUCGGGAAAGGUGGCGAGCAUGUCAAGGCCAUCCGAGAAGCUUGUGGGGGAAACCUCUUCAUCGGAGUCAUUCCUCCUGCUCAAGGGAAUGGACCUCACAAGAUUCAGAUCAUUGGGGAUCAGAGAGAAAAGGCUAAAGCCAUGGUGCGCCAGCGGCUGAAGGAGCUGGUGGACACAGACGACAAGAAGAUCCGGCCGGCAGAAAUUCCGGUUGUGAGCGCAAGCAGGCAAAGCUUCGGUCUAGGCCCAGGCCUUGGGCCUCCGCUUCGGCCUGGCGUCUCGGCACCGCGUGUUCCCAUGCCUGGCCCUCUCCCCCUGACGGUGCCGAUGCGGCCCAUCACACCAAUGGUGCCCCUGAAUCCGGUGAGCCAUGUGGCCGCCAGUCCCAUGGUGAGCCCUGUCCUGGCAAGCCCCUUCGGUGCGCCCACGCGCCCCGUGGUCCGCCCCCGAGCGCAGACACCGACCCCGAGCGCCACGAACCUCCCGAACGUCCCGAACCUCGGCCUCGACAACAUUCCUCCUGCGCAGCGCCUCCUGGCCGCCCACGCGAGACCCGCAUCGGAGAAUCUGAUGCCUGACGUUGCGAGCUGGGGAGCCUUCGGUGCUGGCCCGGAACCGUUCCAGGGUCUCGCAGAACUGGAGGCCGAGGAAGCUGAGGAGGAGAAUCCCUGGCUCGGAAUCGUCCCAGAGUGCGAGCUUCCAACCUGA